ACGGUCGCGACGAUUACACAAUCAUUUAUCGACAUUUCUGCCGCAGGGACAGAGAUCCCGAUUUCCUGAAGAAGCCGCUGACCAAAAUCACAUGACGUCAUUUUGCCGCCAAAAUUUAGAAGUAGCCAUUAUCAAGCCAAGAUCUCUUGCUGAUCUGUGUUCGUUUGUUUGCUGCCGUUUUUUAAGUUUUUAACAAACUCUUUUUACUAUUAUGAUGAGCACAAGUGCCCCAGAGACUGAGGGUUGCAGUCCCGCAAAGAUGCCGAGAAGCGAAAAAGCCGAGAAACCACCGUUUCGCUUCGCCAACAAACUUUCUCUUGAAGACAUUCGACAGAAACAAAACAAGUUCGCUUCUGAGCGUGAGUGGGAUCAGUUCCACUCUCCAAGAAAUUUACUUUUGGCUAUGGUUGGUGAAGUUGGGGAAGUAGCAGAGCUUUUUCAGUGGAAAGGGGAGGUAAAAGAUGGAUUAGAAGAUUGGUCAGAAAAAGAGAGAACUCAUCUUGGUCAGGAGUUAAGUGAUGUACUUAUCUAUCUUGUACGGCUAGCAGAGAAAUGCCAUGUGGAUCUACCAUCUGUUGUUGUGCAGAAAAUAGCUCUGAAUGAGAAGAAAUACCCUGUCGAACUAGUAAAGGGAUCAAGCAAGAAGUAUACAGAAUAUGCAAGCAAAACAACAUAAUAAUAGAUAGAACAUUACAGCUUUAUUUUCCCUCUUUUAUUUAUUAUCAAUUAUGAGAAAUCACAUUUUUAGCCAGACAUUUAAAAUCUAUUUAAAAAAUGUUGUCAGUACAAAUGGCAUUGCUUAUACUGUCUUGUGCUUGUUAGUUAAAAGAUAAAUAAUAAGAGGUAUGGGGUGGAAAUAAGACGCAUGGUUUUAUUUUGCAAUAAGCAUUGCAGUGUCGACAUUUUGUAAGCUUAUCAUUGUGAUAACGCUUUUUUAUUUUUAGUACUAUUCAAAAUGUCAAAGGAGUAAAAUUCACAGGAUUCUACUAAAUGACAUUGUACAGAUAAUUACAAGUUGUGUAAAAAUAAUGUAAAAAAUAUAUAUUUGAAUUUA